AUGCUUUGGCGCCUCGUUGUGGGGAGUAUCGUUGGCGGUGUCCUCUCGGCAUGUCGCUCGCAGACAACCACGACCCUCGCAGCCACGGCGCCGACGUUGGAUCUCAUUCUGGACCCAAGCAAGGACGUUGUCCCCGUGCGCUGCGUCAUUGUGGGUGGCGGUUACACAGGGUCGAAGCUGGCGUACAUGUUUGACAGCAUGUUUGACGUCACAUUCAUUGACGAGAAGAAUUACUUUGAGCUCACCAACGACGUCAUCCCUAUUGUAGCAAACCCGUGGGACGAGCGGAACGAGGAGGCGUGCCGCCGCCUCUUCAUCCUGCACCGCUACUAUCUAAAACGAGCCAACGUCCUGACGGGGACGGUGGACGGGGUGGAGGAGGACGUGGUCACGUUGCGCGACGGUCGUCGGGUGCCGUACGACCUUCUCUUCGUUGCCCCGGGCGAGCGCAAGCCGUUUCCGUUUGCGACGAAGCAGCGCACCAUUGCCGGUCGCGUGCAGGAGCUGCGGCACUUCAAUCACUUCCUAGGCACCUGCAAAAAGGUGGCGGUCCUCGGUGGGGGGCCGGUUGGCACCUCGCUGGCGAUGGACCUUGCGCGGAGUCGGCCAGAGAUGCAGGUGCACCUGUACCACGCCAAGUCCGAGCUCAUUCCCGCUCUGCCCACUACGAGCCGCAAGUACGCCAACAACGCCCUGCAGCGGUGCAAGAACCUAUCCCUGCACCUCUGCACACGAGUGACGGACGUCGAAGGGUGCGACGCGGGUGGCAAACGCAUCGAUGCACAUCCUCCCUCAGCGUUGGCACGGCUAUUGGGCUUCGCGAGGCCGCCGGUGGAGCCGACGCGGUUUAUGGUGCGGUACGACAACCUGCACUUCGAGCCUACGCCGCAGCAGUCCAUCGUGAGUCAGGCGUACUUUGGCCGGCGUGAGCCGAAGUUGUCGGGCGACAGGGUGGAUUCCUCCGGCGAGGAGGAGUUUGACUACGUUUUUUCAACCAUUGGUGACGUGCCGCGGCCGAUUCAGGCCGGAAAAGGAAAGCGCAACAUUCUCACGGAGCACGAGGCACCGGAUGCCCACUACCGCGUCAGUACACUGAUGCAGUUGUACCGGCACCCAAACAUAUGGGCCCCGGGGCGCUGCAACAACCUUCCGUGGGUGCGGAGCUACGGUUCGAGCGAUGUGCAGGUGCGCACCAUCUUUCGUGGACUGAACUCGGUGGUGUACAACCCGACCGAGCGUUUUUUGAGCUCGCGUGACGGGGUCCAGCCACAGCGCAUGGCGAUUCCGCGACUGUUGGUGCGUUUAGGGAAUAACGACGCUGUUGGCGCGACACCGUGGUCUGGCGGCAUGGUGGGCCUCUCGGCAUUUCAUGAGUUUAUGCAGGACCGCAACCACCUCGUGAAGGAGUUUCAGCAGCCAAUCUUCUACAAGCAGCAAGACCCAGCGAAGGUCAAGCAGCGCAUCUCCAAUUGGGUUUCCCACGAAUCGACAGACAUUGUCGAUUUCUCCCACUCUUAG